GGAACAGCCUACUUAAAAGUUUUCCGUAAAUUAACAUAUACAAGUACGCGGGUUUCCCAUAUCUUAACGAGUCUAAUUUCGAUAUAUGAAUGAGGAAGAUAUAUUAAAAAAGGCGAAAGUGUACCACAAUGUGAAGUUAAUAGUGUAAGAAGGUUAGCGAUCGACAGUCGGGAUGGCUUUCCAAAGACGAAUUUUUAUUGUAUUUCUUGGAUUUAUGGGACUUCUGAUAUCCAUUGGAUAUCGCUCUGUAUUUUCUAUGGUAAUGGUCCAUAUCAUCAAAACAAGUCAAAGUAACGAGGGACUCUUCGGAAAGUGCACUGUGAACGGAACCUCUCGGGAUUUUAUGGCAACGGGAUGGACUAGUAGAGAGGCGCAAUACUUUCAGACUUCUUAUUUCUUCGGUUCCUUUAUAAUGCAGUUACCCGGGGGAUAUUUGGCAACUCGAUUUUCACCCAGAAGAGUAUGUGGUCUGUCCAUUAUGAUAAGCAGUAUUCUAAUGAUUGUAUUACCGUUCCCGAUCAAAUAUCUCACCACCCCCAUCCCCGUGUUUGUCAUACGCUUUCUACAAGGACUAGUAGAGGGCUGGUCGGUACCCGCUAUGAAUGGUGUGAUAUCUGCCUGGGCGCCCAAGUCCGAGAAAAGCCGAAUGGUCACAGUUGUGUAUGCAGGGGCGUACCUGAGCCCGGCCCUAGCUAUGGUGAUAACUGGUGUAACCUCGUGUUGGGUGUCCUGGAACGCAAGCUUAUUCCUCUACGGUGGAAUAGGUUUCAUUUGGUCCGUUGUAUGGGUGUGUGCAAUUUACGAUACUCCUGGUCUCCACCCAAGUUUGCACCAUUCAGAAGCGGAAUUGUUUGCAAGAGAAGGAGCUAAUAUUGCCAGAGGAUCCCAGAGUGUGGCAAGGGAGAUUCCUUGGACCAAAAUUUUACGAUCUUUACCAGUAUGGGCCAUCAUUCUUGGAAGUUUUUGUCGAAACUGGAUUUUUUCUAUGAUGAUAACACAGGUUCCACAAUACUUCAAGGAUGCCUUCAAGAAGGAUAUUGCUACAAUUGGAUUCACAGCAGCGUUACCGGAAGUCUUGAUGACAAUAGUGACGAUUUCGGGAGGUGUUCUAAUCGAUAAACUGAUAAAACACCAUCUAGUGUCCACAACUCAUGGAAGAAAACUAGCACAGUGCAUGGGGUUUGGAAUAGAGGCUUUCUGUCUGUUAGGGCUACGAUUUGUAAACAGUGAUGAGGUAGCCCUCGUACUGUUGUGUGUAGGGGUGGGUUUCAGUGGAUUAGCCAUUUCUGGUUAUCAAGUAAACCCUCUGGAUCUCGCCCCGCAGUACGUCAGCAUUUUAACGGGCCUCUCUCGACUUGGAACCCUGGGCGCCAUUCUCAGUACGGCUGUGGCAGGGAAGUUAGCAGAACCGAAUAUCGAAUCUUGGCAAUUACUAUUCACCAUUGCCGCUUCCAUUCAUUUAGCGGGGGUUGUCUUUUAUGGAAUUUUUGCAUCUGGGGAGAGACAGUCGUGGUCCGAACCAUCUGAGACUAGACCUCUGCUGGCACCGGCAGUAAGUUCAGAGACUAUAACUGAAGACUUCGGACAGCCAACAUCGACACAAAACAAAUUUAGUGCAUCCAUGUUUGCUUUUAAAGGCAAGCGAUAUAUGAUACCAGAUCUAGACGAAGAUGGAAAUCCUAGUUGGUUUUUAAAUACAAUAUAAAUUUUGCCGACUGAUUUUCCCCAGGGCCAGAGUUGUGUGUUUUCUCUCAGUCUGGAUCUGUUUCUGCGUAUUGUUUUGGGUAGCUUUUGAAAACACGUGCACAAUCUCGGAAUUGAACGUAUUUAGCACGUAACAAUGUAUGUCUACAUGUUCCUCUUCAAGUCUAAAGUACCGAAUGGAAUUUUGUGUACCGUUAUAGAAUGAUGAUAAAAUUCUUUCAUUGCGGAGUAACAGCUUUCAAUCUUUAAACUUACAACAGACAGACGAACAUUGAUUUGUCCUAUGAGGAACAUAAUUAUUUUUUUUUGUGCUUGUAUGUGAUGCAUUACAGACUGAUCGAAUAUGUUGUGAUGUAAAA